UGGGAAACAAAGCCGGAUUGUAUAUAGACUCGGAGCCUUAUUGCAUGUGGCAUCGGAAGGAAGAUACUGAUAUUCUUGAUAUUGAUCUAAAUGGUUUCAAAGGGGAACAGCUGAAGCUUCGAAUCGACAAUGCGAGGAUCCUAACAAUCUCCGGAGAACGAUCAUUGGACGAUAACAACAAAUGGAGUCGUUUUUGCAAACAAAUCAAACUGGCCGAAAACAUCAAAGUCAACGACAUUAGUUUCGAGUUAAACGGAGGGAUUCUCUCUAUUGUGAUACCCAAGAAACCAGAGAUUCUCUCCAUGUCCAUUUCCCUGGCGCCCCAAGUCCUCCAAAUGGGCCAACCGGAAAUGACUACAACAACGGAGAAUGCAGGUGUUUGGAGGUUAGAGAUUGAUAAAAAUAUGGUCGUCGAAGUUGGGGUUGUGCUUGUGUUUUUACUACUGUGGUUUGGGGUUUGUAUGAAAUGUUUAUAUGGAAAGUAGUUGGUGAUGUAAAUAUAUAUAUAUAUAUAUAUAUAUAUAUGUAUAUAUGUAUAUAUGUGGGGUUCCAUCUAUAUUUGGUGCAUAUAUGAAAUGUGUAAACGACCUUUUAUGAACGAAGAUUCAGGUGUUCUAUA